AUGAAGACCGAUCAGUAUCUGAAUCUUUGUCUUGACCAGGCUGCCCUGUCCACCCUUCACUACCGCCAUGGCUGCGUCGUCGUCAAGGGAGGCAAGGUCAUCGGCCAAGGCUUCAACGAUUGUCGCCCAGGAUACGACGGCGGCAGCGUCCUGAAGACCGGGGCCUUGCCAAAGGCUGCGGCCAACGUCCAGCCUGACAAGCCGGAUCCGCCAAAGCACAAGAGCGACUUCAAGGCGGUCGAGAGCGUCAUCGGCAACUGCGGAGGUGGCCAUCACGCCAACGCGUAUCUGACCAUGCACAGCGAAAUGAUGGCCAUCAACUCGGCCCUCUCGUCGCGCAGUACCCUGGCUGCCAAUACUGUGUCUCAUGUUAAACCGAGCUUCAAAUUACUCGGUGAUUCCAAACGGAAACGAGAGUUACAGCGCAACGCGGUGCUCUCCUACGCCCAGGCCGUGUGCCUCGCUACCUUCGGGCAGGAGGUUCAACAAGGUGCCGGCGCGGCUGAGGCAGACGGUCAUCACUCCUAUCAGUAUCAGAAAGAGAAGGGGUACAAGAACAAGUACAAGUACAAGUACAACAAGUACAAGUAUAAGCCGGCGAAGGGUUCGAAGGAUGUUCCAGCAGCAGGAUCUAUGGCUCAGAAGAGCGAGGACUCGGACAGUGAUAUAGCCGUUAGCGGCGAAGAGGACGUUCCUCAGGACGCCACAGAGAGCAAUAAGAGCAAAUUUGGUCUGCGCAAGGCACGGAAUCAGCACCUUCUCGUGCCCAAGGGCCGUACCGUUGGAACGUCGCCAGGCGUAAAGGAACGGAUGAAACAUCCCAAGCUAGUCGGUGCCGAUGUUUAUGUUGCGCGCCUCGCAAAUGACGGCCCAUCCGCGGAAACCAUGAAGAAGCGUCGUGCGCAUAACCAGCCAAGCGAUGAGACUGUUGAGACAGCGAGUCCGGAUACCUGCACCACGACUUCCGCCGUGUCUGCUGAGACAGGGUCUUUGCAUGACGAGCUAAUCAUGAAAACGUCCAAGUCAAAGCCCUUGCCCUCAAUCUCGGAAGAUGUCAAGCGUCCGCCUACUCCCGCCGAAUCACGUCCGUGCUACCGCUGUGUCGCCUACAUGCACUCGGUUGGAAUAAAGCGAGUGUUUUGGACGACCAACGACGGCAAGUGGGAGGGUGCCAAGGUUCGGGACUUGAUCGAUCAGCUCGACGGCACCAUGCGCAGUGACACGGAUACGACCCUCGGACAGGCUGCGAUGGAUGUUUUUGUCACCAAGCAUGAAGUCUUAAUGCUCCGGAGGUUGAUGGGCGGUGAGGGAUAG